ACAACAACACAGGCUUCGACCACUAGAAAAAAAGUCCACUCAUUGGCUAAUUUAGAACUCGACCCCAACCAUCCUUUUUUGUAGACUUUAAUCAGUCCCGCAGAUGGAUGUUCUGUUUCCGUCUCUUUGCUUACGUUAGUUAUUGGGUGUUUUCAAGUGUUGCUGUAAAAUAGACCUUUACUCCCAUUGCAUUAGUCAAUGUGUAAAAGGUCACUCCAGUGGAAGUUUAAAACACUACAGAUAAAGAAGGACGUGGAGGGAAGGCUUUGUUUAGCAUGGACACAAGGGAAGUCUCAAACCAACAAAAACCUGCCACUGAGAACUUUUGUGCUGAGGCUCUGGGAAGCUACCCAGUAGAAAGCAGUGGUGGAGGUGUGCCAGCCAAAGUCAAGAAGAGCAGGAGCACCUCAAGCAAAGAUACAGUCAAAAAAGUGGAAGCGAGGAAAACGUUGAGUCUUGAGGCUGCUCAGCUGGAGAUUCAAGAGCAGCACAAAACCCUCACCAGACAGUUGGCCAUCAGAUCGCAGACCUUUGACGUCGACUGUAGAAGCUUCGAAAGGACUCAGGGAAGCGGCAGCCAAAGUAGUUUUAUAAAGCACAAUGUGACAUUCCACAAAUUGUUUCCAGACAUUCCAGAAAGUGAAGACUUGAUACAUGCAUACAUCUGUGCCCUACAAAAGGAAGUGCCCUACCAUGGUCGACUCUACAUUACCAAUAGCCAUGCCUGCUUCCACUCCUCUGUUCUACUCAAGGACACCAAGGUAGUGAUCCCCGUCUCCUGCAUUCACAUUGUCAAAAAGCAGAACACUGCUUUGUUGGUACCAAACGCCUUGUCAAUCCGAACCACAGAGGGAGAAAAGUUCUUGUUUGUCUCGUUACGGAACCGAGAAGCAUGUUAUCAGUUGCUGCACUCUGUGUGUCCUCAGCUUGAGGACCGCAGCACCAACAGUAGCCCAGUCAUCUCAUCAGCUGAGCAUAGCUUUGAUAAGAACAAACUUGUGAACUCCAGCCAGUCCAGUCUAGAUGGCAGCUUUGAACAAUUCGAUGGUUCUGAGUCGCAGUCAUUACAGGACAAACCUCUGUACAUUACUCACAAAGAAACUGCACUGCCUAAUGGAAAAGGAUCCACUUUCAAGAGCCUUCAUGAGCAGCAAAGUGAGAGCUCAUCUUCGGAGGAGGAGCUGUCAGUUUCAGUUGCAGGUGGCUCGUGGAUUUGGAAUGUGACGGAGAAGGCCAAGUCUCUGCUGGUUCAGAGAGAGGCCAGCACACUCAACACGCUGCUCUUCAUUUACUUGAUUCUGGUGGUGGUGCUGCUGCUUUCCUCGGGCUACAUUGGGUUACGUAUUGUGGCCCUGGAGGAACAGCUUACGUCACUCGGCGCACUGCCCGAGUUCACCCUACAAAGCGGAUACCGCCAAGACACAUAACAGUCAGUGACGAGUGGAGAGGUAGAAGACUGCCUUGGAGGAUCACUUCCAGCCGAAGACAUUUCACAUGCUUGGACCGUGCGACCUAAACGUUGUCACGGCGAGAGAAAAGUGGCUAACCUGUGCAAUUUCAGAGACAACUUUUUAAUUUCAAGGGCUAAGCCUGCAGUAGUAAAAAAAAAAAAAAAGAUGCCACCAAUUGGUCGGAGAGCUGAGCCAAAACACAUGUUCUAUACAUCCUGCCUGGCUGCAGCGAGUCUUGCUAGUAUGUGGACCAAAGCCAAACCCAGAAGACACGUGAACGACUGUCCCACAUCAUCAUCCUCUCCUUCAGCAUGCUGUCAUAAUAGGGCUAUGUUCCAAUCAGCAUUAACCUUAUGCAGUGCUCACCAACGCGCCGCAGCUGCCAGCCAAAGAUGUGCACGUCCCUCUGCAUGACUUUCACCCUGACCCCUUCAUCUUUGUGGCAGAAUGAACAUCUGUCUUCUUGGAAACUUGGGUACCUCUCAUUUGAAUGUCAUCCCCUCAUGACCAGUUGUGGGCUGAAAUGAUGAAAAUGAUUAUUAUGAUGAUCAGCCCACAAAGGCUUUCUUUGGCUAUCUCAAGCUCUAUUUCUUUAGAUCUUCCUCAUCUUUGAAGUGAUUUAACAAGUUUAAUGAUCAAUGAGCAGAGGAUGUCCUGCUAAUCAAUGCUUACAUAUUUGACUGCAAAGUAGGACAACAUGUUGUCAGGAGAGGAAGUGGUCACACUUUGUUUUUGGGCAAAGUAGCAUUCCUACAUUUGUAGUCAAGUUUCAGGGGGUUUUUUUUGUUUGUUUAAGUCAAACCAAUGAUAUAUUGUUCAUCUUCAUGUGUCCACUUUUAGGACACCUGACUGACUACAUAUUAAGGUCCAUGUUUCAACAGAAGUAGCUCCACUGAAUUUCAACUGCCACAAAUUAGUAUUAUGCAUGGCAAAAAUUUUAGUUCUGGGUGCCGUUUUUAAACAUCAAACUUGUAGGGUAAGAAACUAUUGUAAUAAGAUUUAAAACAGGAAAAAAAAAGAUAUGAAUGAAAAGAGCGAGUGCACUUUACCGAAUGCGUUGUGCCUGUCACAAUCCAAGACACCGUCUUUGGAUUUUGUAGAAAUGGCAAAAAAAAGUCAUUUCGCUUGUUUGUCUGACGGUGCUAAGACUUUUCAUUGUUUGUUUCUAAUUAGUGUUUUCACUCAGGGGUGGUGGGUACAACCCACCAGGUGGAUAUUCCUUUGUCAUUUCAAAGUCUAGUGCUCGGCAUUGGGCUUCACGUUUUGGCUUGGGUGCUUGUCUGCAGUUCCUUUGAGAAAGAGCUAGGUGGAUCACAAUCUGACUUGCUUUAGUGCUUGACUUAAUUAUUUCUCUACAAAAGCAUCUUCCACUUGCCUGACGAUGCUUAGCCACACCAUAGCUCACACUCUGUUGUGAGAGCACCCCAUUGCCAACUCGGAGCAGUGUUUAAACUGCAUCACAAGUUUUGCUGCAUUAGACACGCAGUACUGUCGGUUUCCCACCAGGGGGUAGCACACGCACAGAUAUACUGCCCUCAAGCGGCCCGAUGCAAAAAUCCUAAUGAGGGCAGUGUUUGUGUGGUUUUGCACUAUACAAAGUGUAAAUUUUGUAACAAUUGUUAAUGUCUUUAAUUACACUAUGGCCCUAUAAAUAAAUAUAUAUAUAUUUAUUUGCAUUCUAUGUAAUCCAAAGUAGUCUCUGUGAGAUGACUUUGCUAUUGUUGAAAAUAAACGUUGUGAAAAAUU